CAAGCCGCUGAAACCAGUUUAAUUCUCACGCACGCAUUUCUCAAAAUUGGUUGUUUUGAUGUUGGCUGUUUUGUUCGGUUGCUGUACAGAACUUUUGCAAAGAGAUGCCAUCGUAUGUUUUUCAAAUGUGUAGGUAGAUGUAGAAAGGAAUAAAGUGCAUCAGUUGGAGAUUGUUUUCCAACUGUUAAAUGCAAGGAAUGGAGCAAAUGAUCUGUGGUUGACACUAGUAGCAUUGGUAAUGAUAACAGUAGUGGUAGUAGCAGUUGUAGUAGUAACCUACAGGCAAGUCCUGACUGACAGCAUACGGCAUCAGGCGGUUUACAUGGAGCGAAGUGAUGUUAGAUCUGACAGGCCAGCAAUCCACCACAGAGAGCGAUUGAGCAUGAACAGCACUAAUUGAGAGAGUUUUGAAACGUUUAUGAGGGUGGAAAAGAGGGCGAAUGCUGGUGCCGGAAAAUCAGCAGGACGCGAACGGUGUGUGUUCUGAGAGUCUACGCGCGAGGUCCACGGUUCCGGUUGAAACUGUUUUGGAAUCAGAGCAAGAAACGUGGAACAAGGAUACGGGUGUGUUAUCGUCAUCGUCGUUGUCGUCGUCGUCGUGAUCGUUGUGUCGUUGUUGUCGUCUACGUGUUUAGUUGUUUUCAUAAGUUUGUUAUUUGUCUGGAAAGAAACUGUGUACGCAGAGAACCGAUAAGCUCAAAGAAUUAAUCGAGAAGGCGGAAAGUUUCAUCGAGUGGUGUCUGCAAAUAGAGAAAUCGUUUUGCCGGCGACCGAAUCAAUUACAAAGAAAGGCAAAAUUUAAAUGUAAACAGUACAGAAAAAAUAUUACAGGGAUCUACUUUACGAGUUGAAGUUUAAGUUUCGAACAAAAUCAACAAAAUUUUUGAACCAAGAACACAACUAAACUAUCAGCUGAGGCUUGGAAGUUAUUGGAAGGUAGAAGAAAAAUGAAACAAUCUUGCAAUUGAUGGGAAACGUGUGAAUUGUAGAUGCUGUUGUUAUUUAGUGUUACAAAUAAACGAAACGGAGUAUCCUUAAAUCAAAGUGAUUACCAGCUUGGUCGCUGAGUGGUUGAUGAAGAAGGAGCCCAUCUGCUACUAUUUGUCGACGUUAGACAGCCUGUGGACGGUGACAGUAAGCUAGAAUCACUCUCAACGGCCUAUUUACAGAGUGACAUACAUAGGAGGACGAGAAUGCAGCUGCAGUCAGCCUUGCAUAUCCUGUCCAUCGCUGUACAGCGGUAGUCAACAAUCGAACCCGUUCGGUAGCCAGUAAUUGACCGUGAGUGAAAACCGAGCUACACGCAGUUUACAGUACUUAUCCGUGGGUCACGCACGCACGUCGCCAUCGUUAUUGUUGUGUUUUUCCGUUCCCAGUGUGGUGUGGUUAUUUGGAUUUCGGUCUAUCGAGUGUAUACAAUCUGGCACUUCCUUCUCAGUUUAUUGUAUGAUUCGCAUCGCGACACCAUCCGUGUUUCCUCAGAAGACAAUAUCAAUAAUCGUGCUUAAACUUGAAUACAAUCCAACAACAAACCCACAAAAUCACAUCAGAAAGUGCCUAACCACCAGUUCUUUGUCCUCAGUGUGUGUUGAUUUCAUCAGUUGGCAGAUUCUUCCGGAACGAUUCGACUAGGACCGAGUAAAGUCGAUACAGAAGAAAUCACCACUUGUUAUUACUGUUAUCCCUUCAUAGGAACUAGACUGUGCAACCGAUCCGGAACUUGGAGCCGCCUGUUUUUUCCCGUUUUUUGUAUUAGAAUGAGUGCAAGACCUAGACCGACAACUAUUACGGAACACGAAACGUAGGACAAGUUUAUAUGUGAACAUUGAUUUUUUCGCCUGUUUUCCUUAUUUGAAGAAAUAGAAAAAUCCCUUGUUGAACUAACAAAAAAAAAAAAAGGAAACAGAAAAACUGGUGACUCAAUCUGCUGGCGAAGAACUGGUAAACGGGAAAAAUACAAAUUUAAUUUAAAGUUUAUGUGUUGAGUGCACUUUCCCGAAGCAAAGUUUCCGCGCUUAGAAGAGAAAGAAGUGGCACAAAAUUCGAAAUAAAGUGGAAAAAGAUUGAGUUGGUUUCUAGCCGCGAGGUAGUUGAUUGAGAGAUUCCAGAAUAUAGUGGAAGGUGGCCGUACGAAACAAGACGCACGUGGAAUCGAACUUUUCUCUUGGCUAGCAUUUUAUUGUUUUGCUCAUCUAUCAUAUUAAGAACAAAAAAAGAACUACGGCAAGACGAAAACAAAGCCAGAAUAAUCGUCAGUAGGUCCAGGAAACGAAGCCCGGCGAUAUUUGCAGUCGUUUAUGAUAGAUUUUGGGUUUCCCCUUGGUUCGUCCUUACGUUCGUCAUCCAAAAGUUACCUAGUCGAACGACGUACACUAGCGAGUGAAACUUAAGGGAAUUGCUGAAGGAAAAAGUGUGAUAUAGUGUGAUUGUGAUUGGCGCUAGUCGUUUGAGGCCACGAAAGAACGACCGAAAUUGAAAUUUCCGCUUUAAGUCGGGACAAACGUUCAAUAUACCGAACGAGCUCGGGUAGAGUGUAAUAUCCGAAAAUCGUGCUAUAGCGUAAUAAUUUCUAAUAAUAGUUGCAAUAACAAUAUCAUCUGUGAGAAACUCCUACAAGUUCAGGGACUGGCUUGUGGGUUUGUUUGUGUGUGGGUAUAAUACAUAUACGUUUCAGUGCAGUUGGUAUUCUAUGUGUGGAAAAGAAUUUUGCUUUGUUUAGUUGCCGGUGCUUCGAGCGUCUAUGAUAAAAAUCUACGCGACAGGAAUGUUUUGUUGGUCUCCGAUUACAAUGUGUGGAGAAAUAAUUGAUUAGUUCCAAAAUGUAUUAAUACAAACAGCUCAUAAAUAUCUACACCGUUCAGCAAACUGUAUGAAAGUGUGUUAUUGAAUAAUGUGAUUCUGGGAAAGGAAGAUAGAACAACCAGUAGCAGCGUGCAGUGUUUUGUUUAAACGUGCCACAAGAAGGAGUAGUAGAAAAUUAUUCUUCACACGCCAAAAAUCAGGGUGAAGAAUGUGCAGCGUGUAAAGCAGAUAAAAUAACUUACAAAUCAUAAGCUGAAAGCUCUUCCGAGUGAUGUGAAUGAAAGAAAGGAAAAAUGUAUGCGUUCCUUUACUGCUGCAGUGGAAAAGAAACCAGUUGAAAACAGCAGAGAAAGAUAUUAAGAAAAUAAGUGUGCAAUAAUAGUGUAAUAAUUUUCCACACUCAUUAAAAUAUGAUAACAAUUAAGCCGAUUCCUGAAGAUAACUCAAAAGUGACCAAAAUCAGUAUGGGACAGUUAUGCGGGUACCGGCCGUAUAGUCUUCAAAGACUUUAAUGAAAUUUUCCCAUAAGUAAAAGGAAAAGGACCGAUCCUGGUGAGUUGCGAAAUGAUUCUCCAUUUUCAAUGAAAAGGAAACAAAAACCUUCCAGUCCGGUGCGCGGCGAGUACAGCAUAAACAAGGUCGACGAAUACAAAGAGAACGUAGACAGAGUAGAAAAAUUCAACAGACGGAAGCACAUCCCGAGCAAGUAAAUACUAUCAGAAAAUUUGAAACAAAAAUUCAGUAAAAAAACACAAGCAAAGCCUCAUUCGGUUGUUCCGUUAGGGAGGAAGGGUGCUCACCCUGCAAGAAAAACAAAAGCUUUGCCACCCCGUGCCAGGGAGAAAAUUUGACGGUAACAAGAGCGGCAACAGCAGAAGAAAAAACGUAGCAAGUAGCAAACCCCUGCCACACAGAAGUAGUGAGUGUAAAGAAAGUGAAAAGUACUUUUUGUCGACGGCCCGAGCAGUGGCAAAAGUGGCAGAAGUGAAGGCAACAACAAGUGGAAAGGAACAAAACGAGGAGCUUCGUCAAUAUUUUGAACUCGACCAAAUGUUGGCCUUUCAUAACGAACAUAUAACAAGCUGUGCGUUUUUGACGUAUUUCAGUCCGGAAAACGCUAUUAACGCUCAGAGCGUGUUACAUGAAAAGCAGACUUCACCUGGGAUGAACCGUGCUAUUCAAGUUAAGCCAGCGGAUAGCGAGAACCGCGGUGAUCGAAAGCUUUUCGUUGGCAUGCUUAGCAAGCAGCAGACCGAGGAGGAUGUAAGACAGUUGUUUAACGCAUUCGGAACCAUAGAAGAGUGCACAAUACUAAGAGGACCGGACGGAGCCAGCAAAGGUUGCGCCUUUGUAAAAUUUACCUCGCAUCAAGAAGCUCAAGCUGCUAUUACAACCCUUCACGGUAGUCAAACUAUGCCGGGAGCGUCCUCUAGCUUAGUGGUUAAGUUUGCGGACACCGAGAAAGAGAGGCAACUCCGUCGUAUGCAGCAAAUGGCCGGUCAUAUGAACCUGCUUUCCCCGUUCGUCUUCAACCAGUUCGGACCGUACGGUGCCUACGCACAACAACAACAAGCAGCACUGAUGGCCGCGGCCACCGCACAAGGAACCUACAUCAACCCCAUGGCUGCCCUCGCAACACAAAUACCUCAUGCGUUGAACGGUGGGUACCAGCUGGCAGUUCCAUGUGAAUCAUCAGCGACCACUGAUUGUCACGUUUCUUCACGCCCGUCAGGUUCUGGACAACCCGUGAACGGUACCAUCCCAUCGCUACCAUCACCAACGAUGCCAACAUUCAACAUGGCAGCACAAACCCCCAACGGUCAACCAGCCGGUUCCGAAGCGGCGGUAUAUACAAAUGGAAUUCCUCAAACCUACCCGGGGCAUGCGCUACAUCUGUCGAUACCAGCUCAAGGACUUCCAAACGGGGAUGCUGCCCUGCCCCACGCAGCCUAUCCCGGCAUCCAGCCCUAUCCGGGUGUCGCCUACCCAGCCGUAUACGGACAAUUUCCGCAAGCCAUACCACAACCAAUAGCCGCCAUUGCACCAGCACAACGUGAAGGUUGUUCCAUAUCAGGCCCGGAAGGUUGCAAUCUAUUCAUCUACCAUCUACCCCAGGAGUUUGGCGACGGUGAGCUGAUGCAAAUGUUCAUGCCAUUCGGCACUGUGAUAAGUUCGAAAGUCUUCAUCGAUCGAGCCACGAAUCAGAGCAAAUGUUUCGGUUUUGUGUCGUUUGACAAUCCUGCCAGCGCUCAAGCUGCAAUCCAAGCCAUGAACGGUUUUCAGAUUGGUAUGAAAAGACUGAAAGUUCAGCUGAAGAGACCAAAAGACGCCAAUAGACCCUAUUAACAAUCAGAGAUCAAAAGCGCUUUAAAAAGUGCUUCUGCUGAAGCUUUAAAAUACGAAGUAAAUCCUUAGAAAAAAAAGUACUAUAUCAUCAAUUAAAAGAAAAGAAGUGAAAUAAAAAAAUACAAAAACAAAUCACAUCUAACCAGCAGAUCCUUCACGCUAAACCGACCGUUCGAGAUACAGUAAUUAAUUAUUUCACGCGUAACCGAGGAAUUUUCUGAGCGCCUAGACGCUUCUCAACUGACAAGGGGCAUUUUAGGAUGCAAUACAAUAGAAUAAAAGCACGUAAGAGCGAGUGGAAAUUACCUAUAACAAACUUUAACUAUUAGUCGCCGAAGUGUAGUAAGAGUAGGAAAUCGCGAAGGGAAAACGAGAUAUAGAAAAAAAAAACAAAAACACAGAUCGGAGAGAAGGCGAGUUACAAAUUGAAGUCCAAUUCUAGUCAGUAUCACCAGUCUCCUAAAUAAUAUAAGCCUGUUCCAUUUUUUUUUUCGCCAUAUGCACUCAUCUGAAAGCUAGUAGCUGUUUAUUAGACAUACUUGCACCAAUCAUUCUUUUCAUCAAUGAAUGGCGGAAAUUGUCCACCAGGCAACAUUUGCACACAUACACUUUAGCAGCCAGCUUUUAGCUAAUGCGUGAAUGAGAAACCGCACACGAAAAGCUCCUGGAAUUCCUCAUCUGUUAGAGAAAAAAAAGGCUUUCAGUUUGAAAUUCACCCCAAUCUGUACAUUUUAGAUAUAUAAUAAAAAUAUAUAUUAUAUAUACAAUACCUAAGAAUAUUUAUACAUUAGAAUGUAGUAAUGACAGGAUAAACAAGUUUUUGCUAGUUUCAACAUUUUUUCAUUGUGCCAUUUUGAGGGAGAACACAACAUGAAACAGGAAGUAAAAAAGUAAGCUAAAAGUUUUUUCGAGUCGACUGUUUGGAGUUAAAGAGGCUUAUGGAAGAGCGAAUAUGGCAUUUUUGGCACGUACUUGCGCAGCAAGACUCGCAGAAUGAAUACGCAUUAUGAAGGUACGGAAAAUAACUUUUUAUCCCUUAACCAUAGACCACUGAAGUUCUAUAUACAUAAUUGAAUAAAGCUAUAUAUAAAGGUUAGAUAAAUAAAAAACUUAUUAAAAGAAGUAUUUAAAAUUAACGGUAAUACAAACAAAACUCAACCUAAAUAGUAACGUAAUGAGCAGUUUGAAUGAGAAAAUCUGCGACCUAGCUGUUAGGUGCAACAGGAGAACAAAAAAAGCAAGCUAUUUUACAGUAGAGCAUACGGUAAGGACGUUUGCAUACGCGCGGUAACAAUUGCCCAUCACCUAGUAUACUAGCUAGAAGUAAUUCAUCUAUUCGAGGGAAAGCAGUAAAACACACACUUACAAAUACAUUCAUUACACACAUUACAAGCAUUACACACAAAUGAAUAUCUAUAUGAUUAUGACAUAGUGAAAUUUAACCAAAAAAAAGCCCAAACAUUGGGUUCUGAAGCUAAGACUAGAAAAAAUCAAGUUUUACGAAAGUUGCUUGUUUGAAGACAGUUUUGUUGUAUAUGUAUUUAUAUAAAUUAUUAUGUUUAGUUCGUAUUAUAACAUCAUUUGACCUGUUUCAGUAUUGAUUUUUGUAUAUUAAUCCUAUUUUAUUUUUUAGCAAAAAAAAAACACAUUUUUAAGCCACUUAUUUUCGCGAACCCUGUUGUUAGAGUUUACUUUUCAAAUCUUAUGUGCAAUAUAAAAUUUGUCGAUAAGUCUAGUCUUCUUAGAAGAGCGAAUUUACUAAUUGUAUGACAAAAAUUUGUUGAAAGCAGUAGUGCUUAAAAGAUUAGGUUUAGCUGCUUAGUAACUACGAAUGAGAUAAUCCAGCAUGCUAACGCUUCUUGAAACAACCGACUAAAACCUACUACAUAUGUUAUAAAUUUAUUAACCCUGAAACCAGUAACAGAAUACACAUUCAUCGAGAUGAAUCUACAGCUAAGUAAAGCCAAAAAUGAGAUAAAAUUGUAAUGGUUAAAUCAUGCUUAACUAAAAAACAAACUUGUGAAAAGGUAUGACUUGUACUAAGAGAUAGUUUAUCGACGAAGAAAAACAUAUGGAGCCAUGAAUAGGAAGGUUAAUAUUUCACAUAGUUGAUGCCCCUCUCCAUCCAACUGAAGCGUAACUCCCAAAGACUUCUAAUCGCACUCAAAAUUGAUCUCACGAUACUUAGCUUUAUAGUCGAAGCUAGUUCCUUGCAAUUGUUUUAAAAUCUCCGAGUUUCUUGAUGUGUCGAAUCGAUUGACAUCCCACGAAGUAAGAAAGUGAUCAUUGGCGAGUAUUUUUACAGUAAAGUUUAUAUUUUGAAGGUAACACAACCAGACACACUCAUAGCGUAGAAACAACCAGCCAUUUAUUUAUUUAUGGUUAUUCGUACUGUGCAAAAAAAAAUCUAGUCAAACUCAUAACAAAUGGACAGUAAAAAUGUGUAAUAUUUCUUUCAUUUUAAUUUAAUUUAAUACAGUGCGUCUUAUAAACUUUACGUCAGCGACGCAAGUCGAGGAUGGCUGCGUCGACUACCGUAAAUCAGAGGAUGAUGUGUGAAAUAUGACGAAAACAAAGAAGCAAGCAAAAAUUUAUCGCACUGCAGAUGGGGGAUUCUGUGUAGAGUGGAUUAAAGCGAAGUUUUUAAUUAAAGACGGAAACGGAUUCAUUUUUAGUGGCAGCGAUAGCCAGGGAAACAAUUUAUUUCGAAUAAGGACGCUAUGAACGCGGUAUUCUCCCGCUUGACGGCCACACGCUGUGGGUGUGUAAGGUUUUGUUUUCAACAGUUACCAAGCGGGUGUUUUACGAUUCAAUUUAACGGUUUAUACUGGCUUUUAUCGUGAACCAUGAUGAUUGAAGCCGGAUUAUUUUUAAUUAGGAUUUACGGUGGGCUGUUGUUAAUAAUUUCUUUUCACAAUUGAACCGUGUAUUCGUCGUUAUAAGUCGCUAUAAGAUUAAAUUAGACAAGCAUUUCUCACCGACUAUCUGUCAAUUUACAGAAUAAUAAAUAUUUUUCAAAUCAAUGUUCAAUAACUUUGCUGCACAUGGCGAAACUGUAACGAAUAUUAUUUACUUUUUCAUUUCUCUUCUAAUCAAGCUAGUCACGCAGAUGUAUGCUAUUUGUCUCUUAAUGUGUACCGUUAGUGUCCGUUGAGCCGUUUUUCUAUUGGUGUUCCAUUUUCUAACGAUUGAAUUUUGACGAUCCGAUAUUUCAUGAAGACAUAAAAAUCCACAUUUAAAUAUUGGCUCUCACAGAUUCAGAAACAGCCUUUUGUAACCAAGCUUCCCAUAACAAUCGAUUCAGUCAUUUCUUACACGAAACAGCAAACAAACCUAAUCAAACAUCGGUUUCGUCAGACGUCAACUCUGGAUUCAUAGCAUUGUUGUGUCUGUAUCUUAAUGUUCGAUAGAGUUGCCAGUUUUCUUGUUAGAAUGUUUCAAAUGAAACAAUGAUUGUAUCCACUCAGCAACAAUUUUCAAGAUUAUUUUGUUGACUUCAUAAGUCAUUGUUUUUGUUUACAGUGGAGAACGCUAGCGUAGCUUCGUGAUGAAAAUAAAUAUCAUACAUACAGCAAUUGUUUGGAGGUGAACUGUGAACAAACAACUGACGUUUCUGUCGUACACUAAACUGUAAAACUGUUCUCACUAUUUCGUUCCCAUGUUGGUCGACCUACAGCAUCAUUUUCCUCCUACAUAUUUAAUUUUCCUGUUAUAGCACCACAACGCACAGACUAUAGAAGCGCAACUGUAAAUACAGGUCCAGUUUUGUCUUGAAUGGAUAUUUAGAAUUUGAAAUUAGGAGCAAGAAUCAAACAAAACUUAACAUCGCGCACAAUUGUUGCAUGGUUAUAGUGUGUAGCAAAAAAAAACCUUUAUAAGGAAAUGACACAUGGUACCUAUCAUCCUACCGUCAAUACUUUCCUCAUCUUGAAUAUCGUUUAGAAGUACUACACCCAAAAAUGAGAAACUCGAUACACGGGCUGUGAUUUGGAUGUUUUUUUAUGUUGUAACAUAUUCAUAUUAUGAAAUCACUCAUUUUUGUUGUUAAUCUUCAUUGCAAAUUCGUCAACAUGAUUGAUUGUUAUAUAUUAAAAAAACGAUGAUAGCAAUACUUGGCCCUAAUUUGAUUGAUAAUUACGUACAACAUCUACACGGAUCGCAGUAUAAUUUCUAGAUGCAUUUUGUAUCUUAAUCUCGUUCUCGGCUCUAUAAGAAGAUAUACCUUACUAGUUCAAUUCCCAAAUUCCCUUUGCGCCUCGGGGGUCACUUAAAGAAGCAUUAGCAUAAUAAAAGAAAGGUAUUUGGAUUAAAACUUCAAAAAAAUUAAUGUAUGGUGAAUGUUAAUACAAAACGCUAACACCUAUGGUGAAGUUUGAAAAAAAAAUGAAAUUACUCCUGUGAUGCAUAAAUGUGCGCAAUCUUUUUAUUCUUAAUUUGGGUUUUGACACUCCACACAGAAUCAACCUGUCGACAGUCGGAUCCUAUUGCCAAACAUUGAUUGAAGCUUUCAGCAAGUGAAAGUUUUUAGCUUGUAAAUACUGUACAGUAACUCUAUCGAUAAAACUAACUUAACAAAAACCGAACAUUUACACCUUCGAUAACUACAGCCACAAAAAAGAAAGAGACGAAUGAAUGUGUAUUGAUUACAUCAUAUCAGUUUGAAAGUAUUUAUUUUAUAUACUGAAAAUACCUAUACCUAUACACAAAACCAAAACACCGAUAUACUUAACGAACAAAAAAUUGCAUAUGUAGCAUAUAGUUUUGAACAAAGAAGUAUAAACAAACAUGAAAGGACUACAGCCCAACGAAAGUGAACCCACCUUUUAAAAAGCAUGCUUUUAUUCAGUUUCAAGCCUUUUCCCAAUCUACAAUACCCCUUUCUAUUAUUCUCCAAUCAGACAUUUGUUGAAAUCUAUUUAGUUAAAAAUCUUGCAAGAAUCGGAGAUACGGAGUGCUAAGUAAAAAAAAAACACUGGCAUAACACUAGUAAUUAUACACAAGUUUGUACGGUAGAUUAUCAUCGCCAUUAUUUUUGUGCUCGGUUCCGAAUCUCCGAUCAUCAACCAUGUGAUGAAUUAUUGCUACCUAGAAAUGUAAACUCGGAACAAAUUCAAACGAGGAAUUAUGAACAAAAAAUGUUUAUAGUAACUUCUCGAGAGAUUGUUUCUACGCAUUUACUUAUUUUUGCAUAGCCGGCUUCAAUUGUAUUUAUUUUCUAGCCAAGUUAUUAUGCAAGCCUUGCUAUUAAUAUUAGAAUGGGGAGUAGUAGGUAUGAGCUAAAAUAGCAUUUAGAACAGUAUACCUAAUAGCUAUUGUUUGGUCCAUUGGUUAUUUACGUCUGGUUAACUGUGAGACUGCUUUAGUUACCAAACCCGGUGGUCCGAAACUUCGAUCCACAGUUUUAUUUGAAAACGCGGGAUACUUCAGUGAAAUUUACAGCCAUUUUAGUAAUAUGCUCUGUUAGAUAUAACACUCUGAAAUUCAAAAAAGGAAUACACAAUCACUAUAUAGAAUUCAAUCCUAGACAAGAAAAAGAACAUGCCCGUAUCAAAUCCGUACUGAAAAAUAUAUUUAGAUGCUGAAAUACAAUCGAAAUCAAGUGGGUUGAUGGGCAAAAUUAAAUCUAAGCCUCAAACGAAUGCCACAGUUAUCCGUCAGCAGUGGUAGCCAAUAUUAGGAAACCGUCAUUUCUUGAUUAGUUAAUUCACAUGCAGCAUACAGAUUUCAAUAUAUUAGCUCACAAAUGUUAAUGCACGGAUUGUUUUCGCAACGUGAAGUUCAAUGCGUUCCUAACAAAACACUUCUAUUCGCAAAGGUUAUUAUACAUUGUCAGUCAGUUCAUAACAGUGGCUGGAACGGCACAUUCUCGAAGUUGGAAGUGCUAUUUUGAUGUGGUAGAAAAAAGAUUCUUCUAACAAAUUGUGUGCGUGUAAGGUAUUUUACUGCUUACAAGGAUACGCACAUCCAUUAACCGAGCUGUUUUUACCACUAGCAUACACUAGUUUACCCUACGCUUCGUGUACAGCGAUAUGUGAAAUGCCUCCUUGUCUAUAAAACAGUUAACAGCCAAUAUUGGAUUGAAUGUUCUUAAAAAAUAGGCAAUCCUGACUGCUAAAGAUUUCUUCUGUGGAUAGUUCUAAUAUGCUGAUUUACAUACAGGAAUGAACGAUAUAUCUCCCUUUCGUAUUGCAAUUCUAGUAAUCGUUUUUACGAUGAAGCACAUUCGCUAUACAACAAACUUUGCGUCACAAAUCAUGCUAACAUUUCUACCACUGCACACAUUUUAGUGACUAAAAUGCCAACAUUCACCCAUAGACUAGGAUCACUUAGGUAGCAAACAAGUUGUUUUAGUCUUGAAACUAUUUUUCGUUUUGGAGUAUCUAUUUAAGCUCAAGCUGUCACGGCUUAGUUUGCGUUGAAUCUAUCAAACUGUGUCCAGAGCGAAAGCAGGACGAUGCUAACCUUAAGCUUAUUCUAGGUUUUUCAAAUAGAAAAUUACACAAAGAUCAACUAGUAUAUCACGUAAGGCCCUUUGCAGCACCUCUAUAUAUACUUUUAAAAUGAUGCCAAACAAAUCCUGCGAAGCAUUACCGAAAACUUCUCCCAACGCAUUACGGGCGUCCUCUGCCAAUAGAAUUUUAGAAAAAAAAUAUAUAUAUCCAAAACCUAUACCUUUGUACAUGCUCUCAAAUUUGAAAAGGGAAAUAUUUUCAGGCAAACGAAAAUAGCACAACAUGGAACUGUAAAUUUCUUGACGCCUUCUGAUUGAUACACACACAAAAUGUUACAAACAGGAACAGCAGAGUAUCACUUAUUUUAAACAUCGCGGUCUACUAGAAAUGGUUUUCGAAAAUUUCAACUAGGUUUAUGGGCUCAUACCAUAUAGAAUUCUUAAUGCACUGCAUACAAUACUGAAAACACGAAAAAACAAACACUUAUUAUGAUUACAAAUAAAUACUAUCCCUAUAAAAAGUUAUAUUAUCCCAAGGUGAAUAGUUUCAGAGCUAAAGCUUUCUGUUAAAUUGUGAGCGAAAAACGGAAAUUACAGCACACUCACUACAUUUAGUACAUUUAGUACAGAAUAAGUAAUUGAUGCAGACAAGAGGAUAAACAAAAAAUAAAUCAACCUAGUAGUAGCAUACAACAAACAUUCAGCUCUUGCAGAGGGAAGUAAACCGAAAAAGAAACUAUUAAAUGAAACAUUGUAUAAAUAUAGGAUACAGGGUAUUUCUUGCAAUUAUAGCGAAAAAAUAACACGUUGUUUGAAAAAUUCUAUUAUUAAAGCAUUAUUAUAAUUAAAACUAUUAUUGAACAAAACCAGAAAAAAAAACAUUUAGAUGAGAAAACCUUUUAACAAUACCAAGAGCUUUUUGUUCCUUUUUGCAAGAAAAAAAAUUUGUUUAAGAUUGCAAAAAAACUUAUAAAAAUAUUCUGUUUUGUGAUAGUAACGAAACCGAAAGAUGAUGAGAAACUAUUAACAAAUUGAUAAAAGUAGCCAUAUGAGAAAAAAAAAACAAUAACAAUUUAAGAAUUUAUUAAACAUAACCUAUUACUCUCGCUUAUCAUCUGAGAAAGGGUGACGUUUAAUCUGUUGGUUUCUUACUUGUUUUCUUUGUUUAUCUAUGACUGCAUCUUUCAACGCAUUUCAUUACUGAAACCUGAAAUGGCUGUUAGCAGUUUUUAACUUGUAUGAGAAAUAACUCCCUAUUCUCAUGAUUUUCCGAUUUAGACUUGCUGCAAUACCAGCAGUUUAGUAGACAGUGCAAUAUUCAUUUUUUGGCAAACAUUCUUUUUACAAUCCUUUUAUUAUGAUACAAAUACUAGAUAUACAAGUAUUUCUACAAAAAAAACUACAAAAGAGAUUAGGAAUCACAAAAAACUGUAAAUUUUACGAUAUUUCAAGCUUUACAACUAUAUAUUUAGCAUGAGUAUCAUUGACGAGUAACUAAAAUUAACAGUGCGGCAAAAAACAGCAAAACUACCGAAAUAAAUCAAAUUUUUAGAGAAAUAUUUUCUUUUUUAACAUUUUUUAUUUUGCAAUUUUUGAGAACAGUUUGCCCUUACAGCCUACGCUGUGGUAGAGAGGCUUCACAGGACCAAACUGGACCUAGAUUGCCACUGUAAGAAAAGCAUAGUAAGAUGCCACUGUAAGAUAGGCAUAGUAAACUCAGCAAAUCUCAUAACAACAAAGUUGAAGCAACCAGAUGAGAAUUUGAACGUGGAGCAAUUUUACGUUUCCAUACAGAAUGAAAACAGUCAAAAGCUCACGUACAAAUGACCGGAAAUCAAAAUUUCUACGCACAAGUAGAGGAAAUAGUGCUAAGCAAAACAGUUCCUCUGUGGAUAGGGCCGAUGUUAAAGCGCUUUGAAGUGGCAUUUUCCAUACUACUUGCGAAGAAUAUUAGCACCUCUCCAAUUAGUAACCAUCCAAACGAUUCGCCAUCUUUGGUUUGUUUCAUGUAACCUCACGCUACUAAUUCUAUUUGAAUUCUUCAAUGCACAGAAUAAUUUGACAAAAACAAAAAAGAACAAAACGAUUUAAACAUACAUGGAAGAAACUUUAAUUAUUGCGACAAUAUCGUAUUAUAAUAAAAUAAUUAAAAAUUGAAAUGAAGCCUUAAAACUGUAUAUGCAUCAUAAAAUGCCAAACGUGCAUAACUUAAAAAAUAUAAACUUGAGAGUAAUAUUGGGAAAAUAUAUCUAGAAAGCGAGCGAAAUCCCAAACCAAUCGAUGAAUCAUACAUAGAUAAAAUGCGUUCCCGUGCUAAGCGAGGCUGGCAAUAUCAGCAAAAACAUACAACAUGCCCUUCUAGUCGACCAUUUGCAUGGUUUCAAUCAAAGAAUUUUCUCAAAAACAUGAUAAAAUACUAAUUCUAUGAAAAAUAUACGCAGCUAAAUGAUGUUAAAGAAGAAUUGAACACACACACAAAUUACAUAAGCAUAAUAACAAAACAAAAAAUCACAACCGAGCAAAACUGAACGGCAAUUUCAACCUACACCAGAGUAAAGAAAAAAAAACUACAGAAACGAAUCAUUUGCUGGACUGUUGCUCCGCUUUCCUGUCAGUGUACCACAUCCAAUUGUGAAUCGAAUGCUUCUUUGAUUUUGCAUUGCGUACCAAUAUCCCAUCCUUGUUGUUCGUUUACAUCCCCUCAUCUACCUGAACUGUCGCAGGUCGAUACCAUACCAUUUUAGUUACAAAUUUUUGAUUGUCUCUUCACGCAAACCAGCGUUAAUAACUGCAUUGUCAGCACUUACAGUUAGUCUUAAAAGUGAACAUAUGAAUUUAUUUGAAAGGUAUAACAAAUAAUAAAAGCGAAGAGUAUAGUACAUACAAUAUAUAUUUAUAAAAAGUAAAAUUAUUUAUAUUGAAACAAAAACAUAAGGAAACAAAUGUAAAAAGAACUAUGAUCUAAAUUUUAAGUACAACAGUAUUAGAGUAAUCAUAAAUAUAAAUUAACAAAAUGAUACUGGAACUAGUUUAAAUUAACAUAUUAUUUAAAGCAAACAAGUAUUAACAAAAAAAAUCCAUUUUAGGUCUAAUACAAAGUACUUAAUAUUCAUAAAACGUCCUUGAAAUAAAAGGAUUUCAAUGAAAUUUUAUGAAGUUAUGAUUACCAAACACGCGAUGUUGGAAACACCCAAACAAUUGAAAAGUGGAAAAGUAUAUUCAAACGUCAUAUCAGGCAAACUCUAAAAUAAACUUUAAAAAAGUAAUCAUACUAGUAAAAAUCAACUUACAUUUAUUAUUAUUAUUUCUAGGAAAGUUUAUACGUAUUCGUUCUGAAAAAAAUUAACUCGUAAUAUAUCACUACUCGCCGAAAACACAGUACACUUUCUCCCUCAUGCUUACACACAUAUACACGAACACAGACAAACCAGAAUGAACAUACGCAUACAUUCAAAACUUUAUGUAUAUCUACAGCGAACAGAAGAGAGUAAUUAACUUAUCAUCUUCCAUCAUAGUCACUGCUUCAAGCUAACUUUUUUUUAGAACGGCUUUGGAAAAUAAAAACGAGACCUUUUUUUUCUAUAAUCAUCACAGAAUCCUGAAUUAACAGCUAGCUCUUCUUUCUAACUGCUUUUUGGUGCAAAAACACUUGCAUACACCGAAUAGAAAACCGUCUUAUGGCAGACCUUUAGCUGAAACCACACACAACAACAACAACAAUAGUAACUGUAGCAGAAAAUAUAUUGAAAGGGACAUUCGAGGGACGAAACAAACUGCGUACUAAUCAAUUAGAAUGAGAAAAAUGAAAGCCAUAUUAUAUAACUACACACAUAAAGGAAAACAAAAAUUAACUAAAUCCAAAGAUCAUUUCCUUAGUAAUAAAAAGUGGCAAGUAUGAGGAAAACAACUUUAGGGAAACUGCAUUAAGCUACUAUAAUUAUAAUAGUACUACACAGAUACAGAUAACAAAAAUCUCGAAAAAAAAGUUAAAGCAAAAUGCUUGAUUUCGAAGGAAAGUCCCCCGUAUUGACCUUAAACUAACACAAACAAAAAAUGAAAAAAAAAUCUCUCCUAUUCGAGAGAACAACAAAAAACUGAAAAAAAAUCUAUAAUUGACCACACUUUAUACACGAGAGGAAAACACACUAAAAUAUACAAUAAAUAUAAUUUAAGACAAAUUAUAUCUAUCAACUUUUGUCAUCAAUUAAAUUAAAUAUAAAUUCAACUAAAAAUGCGAUAAAACAGGAAUAUUGAUACUAUAUUUGGCCGGCAGAAGUGGUUUCGAGUGUUCGGCGGCCAGUAGCGGUCCUUUCCGUCACGCCAUCGUCACUCUAAAGGGCCGCUUCCGUCCGUCGGCCGCCGAUCGGCAGCCCACUGUCGGUCGAUUUAGAGACUUACACUCUUACUAGCGAAGAAAAACAGAACAAAAAACGAUAAAUUUAAUGAUAUAGGCAGAGCUGAGAACAACAAAUGGAAGAUCGAAAAGAGAUUUAACGCAUAUUUAUGAAGUGAAAGGAAAACGAAGCGAAGAAGCAAAAUCGUUACGAGUCACGGGGCAACAGAAAAAAGAAAGAAUAAAUAAAAAUGCCAAAAAACAACUUGUUUAGUUAAAAACAAAUAGAAGGAAAAUAAGGAAAAACGUUAAAAAUAUUAUAGAAAGGAAAAAAAACCUUUGCCAUUUUAUUGAUAAAGGACGAAGGAAAAUGAUUUAUGAUUAUUAAUUAUUAUUAAACUAAAAGUAUGCGCAGAUAAAUGCAAAAAAUAACUAAUUUUAUAAUUCAAUUAUUGAUUUUUAUUAUGGUUCUAUUACAAUUAUUAGUCUUGCAGAAGGAAGAAACACUAUACAGAGGAAAGAAAAGAAGGAUACCAUUAAAUAAUUUUGUAUAGUGGACAUGCAAAGCCAGUCUCUUAGAGAGGGACACUGCAAGUAUGCUUUACUGUUUAGGCAAACAUAGUAGAAAAGCUUUUUAAUUACUGAAUAGGAUUAGAACCGACGAGCGACUAUUUUUGCGAUAAAUAAGUAAUAUCUGAGUAGUAAGCUUGGCAGUGCGAUUUGCUAACUUGAAACAUUUAAACUACUCAAACUACUAGCACACAAAACAGGAAUCGUAUUUUUCAUCAACAAAAGCGUUUGUUUUCUAAUCAUCAUACCAAGUAGAGAUUGAUUACACUUAGUACUAACUAACAAACGUUACAAAUGUAUACCGAAAAGUACAGUUACUAAAAACAAGGAAAAAGCAAAAUGUGGAUAGCGGUACUACCCUGAUUGGAAACUGGCUUCGUCUGUCCAACAAUCAAAUAUAUUAUUAUAUAUGAAGAAACAUAUUAUUAACUUUAUAACAAAAAAGUAACAAAAUAAAGUUAAAAAUACACUUUUAAAA